AUGCAGGAUUAUGUCAUAAGAUUAUCAAAAUCGUCGUUUCGCAACGAAUCAUUGGUAGAGCGAGCGACAGCAGUCUACAAGGAUGGUAAUAAUAGUAAUGAAACGGUUGAAGAUCAACCGUUGGAUCUGAGCUCACGUCGUGCUCUUCAAACAGCUACACAAUGGGCUGUAUUAUCCACUCAUAACUCUCGGGAUAAUUGCGCGUGUUAA